GCAGGUGAGGAGGAAGUCAGUGUCCCUUUGGGCGGGUGUUGUGCUGGCUCUGUCAGCCGAGCAUGGCCCCGGCUGCAGGACAACCCCGCUGGCGCCGCCGUCCUGCCGGGGCCGGAGUUGGGGGGAUGUCCUUGGCCUUCCCUGUGGGCCGGAGGCAAAUCCCCUCCCUGUCCUUGUUGCUUCCUGCCCCAGGCCCCGAGCUGAGGACGGAGAGCCCGGAGGACAAAUCCCCCCGUGAGACCCUGGUGGGAGAGGCUGUUUUGAAGGGCUCCCCGGCGCAGGAAGGCAGCGGGGAGGAAAAGGGCCGGAGAUCCCCCCGCAGGAGGGGCUCCAAAGCCAUCCCAGGGUGCUCUGAGGAGGAAAGAGCCAGCCUGUGCCGGGAAGGCGGCCGGAGCUUGAGGGGGAGCUCUGAGCUGGUGGUCCCUGAGCAGCCUCCCAUCAGGGAGAAACCCUUCAGGUGCUUGGAAUGUGGGAAGAGCUUCAGAGACAGCUUCAACCUGAUCCGACACCAGCACAUCCACACUGGGGAACAGCCCUACAUGUGUAGGGAAUGUGGGAAGAGCUUCAGGAACAGCUCUGGCCUGCACGUGCACCGUCGCAUCCACACUGGGGAACGGCCCUACAAGUGUGUUGAGUGUGGGGAAAGCUUCAGGACCAGCUCCAGCCUCCGCUCUCACCAUCUCAUCCACAGCGGGGAACGGCCCUACAAGUGCUUGGAAUGUGGGAAGGGGUUUCAGACCAGCUCAGAUCUCCUGAAGCACAAGCCGACACACACAGGGGAGUGGGCCUUCUACUGCACCGACUGUGGGCAGGGCUUCAACCGGAACUCCACCCUUGUCACCCACCAGCGCAUCCACACUGGGGAACGACCCUACAAGUGUGGGGAGUGUGGGAAGAGGUUUACACGCAACUCACAUCUCAUCCAGCACCAGCAGACUCACACGGAUGAGAGGCCCUUCCGCUGCACCGACUGCGGGAGGAGCUUCAACCAGAACUCCAACCUCAUCAAGCACCGGCGCAUCCACACUGGAGAGAGGCCCUACAAGUGUGGAGAGUGUGGGAAGAGCUUCACUAAUAAGUCUGGCUUGACCCAACACCAAGGGACCCACCGGUAAAGGAAGCUCCAACUACGGGAAGAGCUUUGGCCGCUGCUUCCACCCCGAAUGAAACCCCUGAUGGUGAGGCAACCCCUGGAGUCCAGUGACUGUCAGUCCAUCCCUUUCAACCAGAAAGGGCCAGUCCCCUUUCUCAGGGACAGGUUCUGCCAACAGAACCCUUCCUGGGGGGUGUGUGUGGAGAUUCCUGCCUUGGCUGGGGACCCCCCAGGGUCACUGCUGGAGGUUGGGAGCAGAGAUCUCCCCACGAGUGUUGGUCUGGGGGAGUUCCAUCCAUCUCUAAUUAAGAAUUAUUGCUUUUGUGCCAGCU